AUGACGCAGUUGACUGUCAACUUGGCGCCGAUGAAUGUUAACAUGAUGCAGUCGAUUGUGAAAGCAAAUGAGGAUAUGAUGCACAGGGUGAUGGAAAUGAUCGAGAGGAGGUCUGUGGUUGGAGAAGCAAGGUUUGCAGGUGAUGAGCUCAAUCAGGAGAUGCCUGAGGACUCUGCUUCAUGUAAGGGUAAAAAUAAACUAUCUUGCUAUUCCUUCUAG